CUUGAUAGUAGAUCUGGCCGAGAGAUGAGAGACAAACAAGUCCAAGCUGGUGUUUGCGACCCAAACAUCGCCCGGAAGUAUUACUUGCAAUUCGAGAACCACACCGCUUGUUACGAACCAUAAUGUCAUUCAGCGAUCGGGGGAUACAGAACGCUGCGGAUACACAUCGUCUUUUAUCGUACAACAACUGUGUAGGAACGUGUACUACCCCAAGCGAGCUUGCACAACGAAUGGUGACCUCCAAAUUGUACUAGAGAACCCAUUAUUUCGAACGCUGACUCAACCCAAAUCUCUCAUUAUCUGUUCACUUCAGGAUACAUCUGAUGUUGCUGGAUUGGCGCUCAUAAUACAAAUGGAAAGAAUGCGCGUGGCGGAAAUUAUAGCUGCUAGAGACACCGUUGUCGAACGCCUCGAAGACGCUUACGUGUCUGUUCGCCAAAAGUCAGCAACGAUCGAUCGACUUCAGCGUGAGCUGGACGAUCUGAAACGCCCUUCUACCCCUGCCACAUCCGCGGCGAGGGAUGAUGAAUCAUCUACGCAGCUUCCGGUGCAAGACACUGCCACGUCAUUCGGUACUCCACGACCAGUUCCGGGAGAAGUCCACGAGGGGGACAAUGAUUGUCUGGACACUUCCGCUCAGGUCUUACCUUGGCAGGUCCCUCUUGAUGCUACCAACGGACCUUCGACAGGGCUGCCUCUCACACCACCACCAGAUUUUCGCUCAGAAACCAAUUUUUGCAGUCCGUCUUUUCAGUCAAACUAUUGCGCACGUCUAGAAAAUUGUUCUGAUUCAUACCGCUCUGAAACCGUCGACUUCGACUAUCCGAAUAUUAUCGAACCACUUCCGCUCGGCGAUGGACCUGAGAAACUGAUUCUCGCAAGACAAGCACUUCUUGCCAUGCUUCCUCUCCCUGCUGAUAUCCCAGAUGACGCUUUAAACCCAGUUCUCAUUCCUCAGCCAUACACCUUGCACGAAUUCUUGGGCAACGCUUCUGGUACUCUCAAAAACUCCCUGUCAAACUAUCGUGUCCUCAGCCAACUGACAACAUACUGGUGCCCGGAGCGCGAAGAACAUGGAUACUUGCUCACCCCUGUUUUCAAGUGUAGCACUAAUCCCCGAGUAACAACAGCACACCGAUGGAUGGCGGCGGAUGUGAUCGGUACCAUGGACAAGCCUACUGAGUGCUUUUACAACAAGGACGGGAAGUGGUACUACGCUGGCGUAUACAAAGCUUUCCGCAUGGACGAUCUAACCACAGAAGAGUGGGGGGCUCUUUCAACCGAGACGACACAGACCCUUAUCAAGGAGACUCUAGCGGGCCGAAAGAACCUCUCACCCCAAAACCUCUACGAGACUGGACAGUUAUAUGCUGUUGGCGCCCUUCGUGUUGCAUGUAUCGGACUGCAGUGUGUAGGAUUCAGCUCUGCGAUGUAUCGCGCGGUCUUGGAGCAGGCAACUCUGGGGAAAUGGCGCGGAAUAGGCUGGUCGGGACCUACCGGCAAAUCGUCCAGUGACACAACGAUCGAAGGUGAUGGAAUACCUGGACUUUGAGCCUGCUUGGUUCUGCGUCGAGGGCUCUUGCAAGACUUAUACCCCAUUCUGGCUGUUCUA